AUGAAAAACUCCAACGAAUAUGAAUAAUAACCUCAGGAAGAUGAGCAACAGGACUAGCUACUGCAGGAUAUCUUCAAAAAUUGCAUGAAUAACGCCGAUCAUGCUGACCAUCACCUGAUUAACUCAGACUUACUAGAAGACGAGCUCAGAUCAGACGAAGAACAUCCUGGAAGUUUGAUUGGCGGCAAAAAUAGUAGUGAAAGAGGGAUAAGUCAGAGCUAUAAUGAGAGAAUGGUGAACAGCAGAGGCUUUAGUCCUUUGGAAGAUGAAGAUUCAGUUGUAGAUAUGAUGAACUCAGGAGCUAAUAAAAUCCCAAAGCACAAAAACAAGUAACGAUACUAUGAAUUAGAUGAGGGGGGAUCUAGUUUACUACAUGACAUCUCAUUUUCUGGAUAAAAUAUGACUAGCAUCUCUUAAAGCAAGUGGAGAGCAAAAUUAUACCAAUUGAAUCACUAAGGAUCAUGGGACGACUAUGGAACAGGAGAGUUUUCACUCAUUAAAGAUAAGAUAGACGGAGAGUACUAUAUGCAGCUCAUCAAUGAAGUUGAUAAGGAGACUGAGCUUUUAAGAAUGAAGAUAAGUUCAUCAUCCAGUUUGCAAAGAUAGAGAGGUAUAUCUCAAUAUUAUUAAUUUCUUACAGACACAAUAAUUACCUGGCUCUAUGACAAAGACAUGAUCGAUUUUGCAUUAAGUUUUCAAGACAGCAAGGGUGCUCAGGAAACAUGGGACUCCAUUUGUAUUAUUCAAGGCAAGGAUCCUAAUGAGGGAUAUUAGACCGAACAACAACUUGAGGAAGAUGAAUUACCCCCUCCAACUUUUGAGAAUAUAUCACAAAUAGUUGAAGAAUUGCAAAGUAACCUUGAUAUAAUUAGAAAACGCAAAAUCAGUUCUCUACUAGUCGCUGAAAAUUGUUAAUAUUUGAGAAGAAUACAAAAUCUGUUUGAAAAGGCUGAGGAACUUGAUGCUUAAGAAUAUUUAUUUUAUAUGUUCCACUUUUUUAAGGCUCUACUAUCGUUGAAUGACACAAAGUUAAUAGAGACUCUUUUAUCUAAAGAUUUUUUUAUGGUGACUCUUGGUGCUCUUGAAUACGAUCCAGAAGUUAUAUAAGGAUAGAGUCCUAGCAACUAAAACAGAAGAAACAGUGAUGUGAAUGAGUUUCAAAAUCAAGACUAGAAUCUUUAGCAAUAGGGAUAGAUAUUAAAACACAGAGAAUUCCUGACUAAUGAGCUCAAAUUUAAGCAAGUAGUAAAAAUUGAAGACGAUCAGAUUCUGGACUCAAUCCAUUUAGCUUAUAGAUUGACUUAUUUGAAAGACACAGCAAUAGCUAGGUUCAUUGAUGAUCAAGUCCUCUCGAAUAUAAAUUCUUUGAUUUACGUAAAAUCAUAGGAUAUCGUGAACCAUAUCUUCUAUAAUAAAGAAAUUUUAGUAGAGUUGCUUUAAAAGAUGAGAUCACAUUCAGAUCUUGCAGUUAAGCAUGAUGCAAUUGAAUUUUUUAUGGAAGUAUGCUAAUUGUCAAAGAACCUCUAACUUAACGCCAGAUUUUCCUACUUCGAAACAAUUAACUCCUUCAACCUAAUCGAAAUACUUGCAGAGACAUUCAAUAUAUACAGGCCUGAUGCAAAAACAUUAAAAGCUGAGGCUCUAAAAGACUAAGAUAAUUUGAUUGAUUAGUUGAUGCACAACAAAGAGAUUACAAUGUUUUAACAAUCAUAAGAGAAGGUUAAGCAAUACAUUUAAGAUUUUCUGAAAUUUCAUGAUAAAUACGACAUUAAGAAGAUAGAUCUCUUGAAAAUUAACUCAAUUGAAAUCUUGAUGAAUAUAAUUACAUAAGCCCCUUCAAUUAGUAUAAGAGCUUUUAUCUUAAGUGAUGAAUAGAAAAGAGAAGGUUAUCCAUUCAUUAAAAGAUUAGCUUAUCAUGUACUCUAUUCUUUUGAACAGGGAAUUAAGAUAUAGGUAUUUGAAUUUAUGAAAGCAUUGCUUGACAAUGAGAAUUCUGAUAAAAAGGUAGAAUUUACAGAUCUUUUUUAUAAAGAGAUUUUGAACAUAUUCCUGAGCUUUCUCACUUAAGAUGAGGACCUCUCACUCCAAGACUAGCCACUUGAGUCCUAUAAUCAAUCUUUAGAGUAUAAUAGGUCUUUAGAAUACAGUAGAUCUUUAGUUAUACAAAUAUUCAUUAAAUGUGCUUCCGAACAUGCCUUUAGAUUUAGAAUAUUCGCAGUUCAAGCAGAGGUUAUUGAGAAGAUAUCAAGAUUGACGCGAUUCAGAUCUAAACUUCUAAAUCUGUGGAUAAUUAAAUUUUAUAAGGCCUUGAUUAAAGUAAAGGACGAUGCCUUUGUUAUGUAUUUGAUGAAAAAAACUUUGCUUAAAACAGUUGUUGACAUUUUUCUUGAAAACCCCAACAAAAGUAAUAUGCUACACAGUACUAUUCUUGAACUUUUUGACUAUUUAACCAAAGAAAACAAUAGAAAAAUUGCUGCUCAUCUCUUAUCUAACUACUCUGAUACUUUGUUCAAAGUCCCUAAAUAUGAAGUGUACUUCAGAGGCUUUGUAGAAUAGUAUGAUGAGAAGCUAGGAAAAUCAGUUUCAGGAUAAAAAGCUUUCAGAAUAGGGGCUAACUAUACCUAUAUGCAAAGAGAAAAUCUAAGAAAGCAAGAUGAAGAUUUGAUAAAUUUUGGAGAGAGAUCAAAUUCUUUCAAAGUUGGGAUUGAAGACGAUGAAAAGUAUAAUUAAGAGAUGUAUAUGAAGCGAAAGUAAGAUCUAGAAAGGAAUUAACACUCAAACAAUAGCGCAGGAAAUUAUGGAGCAAACUUUCCCAGUCUCCUUAAGAAAAGAAGAAGUUCUAAUGGAGAAUACUCAUCAAGUGAAGAAGAGGAUGAUGACAUUAAUGAUAUGGGACUAUUCGGAAAUAAUCUUACCAAGUAUAAACAAUAAUAAAAAGAUAGAGGGAUAUAAUCACCCUAAAAAGAUGCAAAUUCUGCGAAUAGUAGUGGAACGUCUAGUCCUGCUGGCUCGGCCCUUUCUCCAUUAUCAAGGGUUUUUAAUAGAGCCAAUAACUCAAACAACUCUAGCAGAAAUUUGAUAUAAUUUGAAUUAAGUACCGAUUUUAUAGGAGGGGACCCAAAUAAGUAAUAGAAUCAAAAUUAAAGUAACAAUGGCGACAGCAUAAAAUCUUUCCUAAUGGAUCAAAAUGAAUUUGUGAAAGGUGGAGUAAUGAUCAACUCUGUUACUGGGCAGACCUCAGAUGAUAGGCUAGAGUCAUUUAGUGAACUAGAAAAAUAAGUAACUUAUAGUAAAAGACCCAAAUCCGAUGUUUCAAUGGAUAGUUGUUAAAAUAGUUAAUCCUAGAGCUAUUCUCAAUAUCAAAAUAGUGAGACAAAUCAGCAAUAAAAUGUUCAAAUAAAUCAAAAAUAGAGUGAUACUGAUAUGAGAAAUGAUACUGAAUGA